GAGAGGGGAUCUGACGUCAGCCCGCGAGGUGCUUUCCAGCCGCGAGCUGUCAGGCCGGGUGUCAGGCCCGGCAGGUACGCGGCGCGCUGUCCCGGCGCCCCCCGCCCCCUGCCAGGACGCCCCGCACCCAGCCCAGGGCCUAGUGGACCGGAAAGCCGCUCGGAAAGGUUUUCCCAAGGUCCAGCCUAGCCCCCAGACACUAUGUCAGACAGUGAUCUAGGCGAGGAUGAAGGCCUCCUCUCCCUGGCAGGCAAGAGGAAGCGCAGGGGGAACCUGCCCAAGGAGUCUGUGAAGAUCCUCCGGGACUGGCUGUAUUUGCACCGCUACAAUGCCUAUCCUUCAGAGCAGGAGAAGCUGAGCCUUUCUGGACAGACCAACCUGUCAGUGCUGCAGAUAUGUAACUGGUUCAUCAAUGCCCGGCGGCGGCUUCUCCCAGACAUGCUUCGGAAGGACGGCAAAGACCCUAAUCAGUUCACGAUUUCACGUCGCGGGGGUAAGGCCUCGGAUGUGGCCCUCCCCCGUGGCAGCAACCCUUCAGUGCUGGCUGUGUCUGUACCAGCCCCCACCAACGUGCUCUCCUUGUCUGUGUGCUCCAUGCCACUCCAUUCAGGCCAGGGGGAAAAGCCAGCAGCCCCCUUCCCACAGGGGGAGCUGGAGCCCCCCAAGCCCCUGACGACCCCUGGUAGUACACUCACCCUGCUGACCAGGGCUGAGGCAGGAAGCCCGACAGGUGGACUCUUCAACACACCACCACCCACGCCCCCAGAGCAGGACAAGGAGGAUUUCAGCAGCUUCCAGUUGCUGGUGGAGGUGGCGCUACAGAGGGCUGCUGAGAUGGAGCUUCAGAAGCAGCAGGACCCAUCACCCCCAUUACUGCACACUCCCAUCCCUUUAGUCUCUGAAAACCCCAAGUAGGCAUCUGCCAACAGGGGUGCUCAAGGCUCAAGCCAGCUGUCCUGGGUUUCUGUUUUGGUUCCCUUCCAUACGGAGGGUUUUCUAUGGAUCACUGCCAAACAUUGGGAUCAUCUCCUCAGUCCAGAGGUCGUCAGCAGGAAGGCCCAGCUGGCGUUGCUGCACUGUGAUGGGUCCUCUCCUUUGCUGACUCUGCCGUUUCUCCAGGCCUUCUCUCAGUGACGAGACCAAGGGAUCGGAGACAGGCAUGGUGCUGCUGCUGCUUCUCCAGAGAGUCCCUGGGACACCUUUGUUCCAGCCAAGUUCAGACCUAUGCUGUGUCCAAGCUGCCUCUGAGCUGUGCCUCUUUCUGUCAAGCCAGGUGUGGACAUUCCAAGUUCAUAAAUGUGAACAAAAGAAAAGAGGAACCCAGCAGAUAUAAAAGAACCAACUCCAGUUGAAUGUUUAGAUUUUUGCUAAGCUGUUUAUUUUUCCCUUUUUGCUGUGGUUUGCAUUCAUGGGUAGUUAGCCUAGGUGUGGGGAAUGGGAGUUCAUCAUACGAUGGAGUCUGAUAACUGGGAAUGAUCCACUACUGCAAUUAGGGAUUGUUUUACAAGGAAGGAGUAUUUUUGUUCUGGAGGCCAGAUGUAUCUCUGCAGUAGUGCAGAAUUCCAAAUGGUUGUUUUAUUGUUGGUUUGGUUUACCAAAAAAAGGCAGAAAAAACUUAAGGGCAUUGGCUUUUCUGCAUCAGGCACAGAAGGGGAUAAAGCCACAAGCCAGUGAGAGAGUCCAACAGAAUCUGACUAAACCUUCUAGGCACAGAACAGAAGGUGAUAAAGCCAGAGAGGUGUUUUAUUUUUUGUUGUUGUUGUUUCUGUUUUUACUGUAUUGGGGGGAGGUGAGGGAAGUAAGCUAGACUGAAGCAGUGGAUUUUUUUUUUUUUUCUUUCUCUACCUUUUCCCCUUUUUUGUUCUUGAAUGGUUUGUCCUGCAAACUGACUUUAGAAUUGCUUUGAUUUACAGUAGGAUCAGAAUGUCAGAAGCUCUGGGCAUCUCCUCCUUGGAGAGAAGUGAGCCAUCUACUGGUCAGGAAGUUUUAGCUGACUGGAACAGGCGGCUUUUACCCACAAUGGUGGCAGGAAACUUCCAAGAGGAAGCAGGGAAUGUGCCCGCAGCUGUCUGAGAAACUGCCUUCAGAGGACGGUGGGGUUGGAAAUGGAUUAAAAAGCCAGUUAGCCUUGUCUUUGUUUCGCCUUUCUUUAAAUUGGAGUUGCAGGGUCUUCUACCCUGAAACUUCCCAGUGAAACAGACCACGGUUGGUCUUAUUCUCUUCCCCUCCCCCAUUUUUUACUUUGCUGUUUCAUUGCUGAAUGUUCAACAGCAACAUACCCCAUCUUUAUAUAUCCUAAGAAACACUAAUCCUAGGUUAUUAUUAGCUGAAAUAUUUUUGUUCUGAAUAACGUUGUUACUGGGCCAAAAGAUAGGUCAGGAGUCCCAGCCUGUAGUUUCCUGAAAUUGGCAGGUCAGGCACAAAGCUAAAGGAUUGCUGGGUAGUGACUGACUUGGGUAGGCCUGGCCGAGAAAAUGGCAGCAACACAUGUUGUCCUUUCUAGAAAGAUUCCUGAUGCCCUCAGGGAGGCUCCCCCACUUCUGAGUGGCUUGGCCCAUCCAUUGCUGUGGGAGUGGGAAUUGGUUGCUUAAGGAGAGGGAGUUUGGCUCUCUGGCCUCUUCCUCCUGUGCCCUCUCCUUGUGUGCCCUGGGGGGAUCAGGGAUCCUCACCCUCCUGAGGCCCAGUUGGGGAAGAAUGAACAAGGCAGCUUCAAGGUUAGUUGAAGCUGCUGUCUGCCCCAUCUUUUCCACUCCAACCAUGUCCAUGAGCCCAGGUCUGGUGUGACUUGCAGGAUGCAGAUAGUAGGGGACUCUGAAAGUGUAUUGGGCUGUGGUAGGAUUUUCCUUCCCACAGUGCACUGAGCAAUGGAGGUGAUGAGGGGUGAGGGAGCCAUGCUGCUGAAUUCUGGUGGGCAUUCCCCCCUUAUGUAAAAUGGGGCAUCUGGGGUGGGGCAGCCUCUGCUUGGGUUUGGUUGUAAGAUAAACCUGGAGGAGAAGCACAGUUGUCCCAUCGAAUUCUUUAAGCAAAAAACUACUGUAAAUAACUUUUGUUUUUGUCUUUUGUCAAAUAAAGUUGUUUUUUGUUUUUGUUCUUUUUUAAAGCAGAAA